CCAGGUGCUGGGAGCCCGGCGGGCCGCGAGCGCAGCCACCGCGCUGGGGCCGCCAACGCCGAGUGCCCGGGAUGAGCUUCACCCGGAAAAAGGGUUUCUACAAGCAGGACGUCAACAAGACCGCCUGGGAGCUGCCCAAGACCUACGUGUCCCUGACGCACAUAGGCAGCGGGGCCUACGGCUCCGUAUGCUCAGCCAUCGACAAGCGGUCAGGGGAGAAGGUGGCCAUCAAGAAGCUGAGCCGGCCCUUCCAGUCCGAGAUCUUUGCCAAGCGGGCUUAUCGGGAGCUGCUGCUGCUGAAACACAUGCAGCAUGAGAAUGUCAUCGGGCUCCUGGACGUCUUCACCCCAGCCUCCUCCCUCCGCAACUUCCAUGACUUCUACCUGGUGAUGCCCUUCAUGCAGACGGACCUGCAGAAGAUCAUGGGGAUGGAGUUCAGUGAGGACAAGAUCCAGUACCUGGUGUAUCAGAUGCUCAAGGGCCUUAAGUACAUCCACUCAGCUGGGGUCGUCCACAGGGACCUGAAGCCGGGCAACCUCGCUGUGAACGAGGACUGUGAGCUGAAGAUCUUGGAUUUUGGGUUGGCACGGCAUACGGAUGUGGAGAUGACGGGUUACGUGGUGACCCGCUGGUACCGGGCUCCUGAGGUGAUUCUCAGCUGGAUGCGUUACAACCAGACCGUGGAUAUCUGGUCUGUGGGCUGUAUCAUGGCAGAGAUGCUGACAGGGAAGACGCUGUUCAAGGGGAAAGACUACCUGGACCAGCUGACCCAGAUCCUGAAAGUGACGGGCGUGCCGGGCGCAGAGUUUGUGCAGAAGCUGAAUGACAAGGCGGCCAAAUCCUACAUCCAGUCCCUGCCACAAAGCCCCAAAAAGGAUUUCUCGCAGCUCUUCCCGCGUGCCAGCCCCCAGGCUACAGACCUGCUGGAGAAGAUGCUGGAGCUGGACGUGGACAAGCGCCUGACGGCCUCGCAGGCCCUGGCCCACCCCUUCUUUGAGCCCUUCCGAGACCCCGAGGAGGAGACAGAGGCCCAGCAGCCGCUCGAUGAUUCCUUAGAACGCGAGAAGCUCACAGUGGACGAAUGGAAGCAGCACAUCUACAAGGAGAUCGUGAACUUCAGCCCCAUUGCCCGGAAGGACUCUCGGCGCCGGAGUGGCAUGAAGCUGCAGUGAGACCCAUCUAGCCGGACGCUCAGCUGAGCCCAGGAAUGGCCUCGUGGUACCACCUGCCAGGCACUGCCCCUGGGACCAAUAUUUAUUUAUCACUACUAAAGUCUCAACCCAUCUUGGAUUACAGCCUUCCAAGCAGAGGAUGGAGGGCCCCUUGUCUUGUGUAGGAAACAGGCUUAGUAGACGCAGAAUUCAGAGGGUGUUGGUUGGGAGAAAAUAGCUCUGAUCAUAACUGGCCACAUUAAAGCACAUAACGUGGAGAA